AUGAAAACAUAUACGUUUGGACCACAUCUUAUUCGAGCAAGUCAAGUAUUUUUUCUUUCCAAGAAAUGUUUUGGAUUUGUCAAUUUAAAACCAGUUGCAAACGGUCGUAUCCUUUUAUUAACAACUUUCGUAUACCGUGAUUUGAAUUCCGAUGAAGAUGGACCCGAAGCUGGACAAACAGUACCACAUUGUCAUUUACAUAUAAUCCCAAGAAAAGUAGGAGAUUGGGCGAACAAUGAUGACAUUUAUGGAGAAAUUGAUAAAUCUACUAAAGUUGAUAAUGAAGAGAGACCUCCUAGAAGCUUUGAAGAAAUGGAAAAGGAAGCUAAUUUCUUGAGAUCGUUUUUUCAAUCUGAUGAUAUGAAUUAUAACUAA